AAUUCAGCCACCAAAAGUUAGGGGCUACAUUUCCAAAAUGAAGACCCUCUAUAAUUCUAUAACUAUAACUUACCUAUCUUCACAUGCCCAAAUUAAUUAACCCACUCAAUUUCACACUUACACUCCCUCCCCUCACCACCAUCUUAAAACACAAAUUUUAGAACACCAAAAUAGAUAAGAUCACAACACCACCACCACCAAGAUCCUAAUGGCUGCAUCCACUACCACCACCAGAGUGAUGAUUGUUGUUACCCUAGUCCUCACAUUGGCAUGUUGUGCCACAUCUGCUCCAUCUCCGGCGCCGGAAACUGCUGCGGCUCCGACACCGGAGAGCAAUGGAUGCUUGAUGGCACUAACAAAUAUGUCAGAUUGCUUGACCUAUGUGGAAGAUGGAAGCAAGCAGGCCAAGCCUGACAAAGGGUGCUGUCCUGAGUUGGCAGGGUUGAUUGAUAGCAACCCCAUUUGCUUGUGUGAGCUGCUUGGCAAACCUGAGUCUAUUGGCAUCAAGAUUGAUUUGAACAAAGCCCUCAAACUCCCUUCUGUUUGUGGAGUCUCCACUCCCCCUGUUAGCACUUGCUCAGCUGUGGGAGUCCCUGUGUCCUUGCCUCCAUCACUGAGUGAAGGUCCUGCUUCAUCAAGUAUCGCACCAGGAGCCUCUAGUCCUUCAAAUACAAAUGCUCCUAGUCCUGGUGGUCCAGGUCCUUCUGAGGCAGCUUCUGCCAACCCUUCUGACAACAAAAAUGGAGCUUUAAGCUUUCAAGCUUCUUCUAUGAAUUUCAUUUUUGGCCUCUCCACUCUCUUUGUCUCCCUAUUCUUCUGAUUUUACACAUUUAUUUUCUGUGUCAUUAUUUUAGUGAAUCUUUUAUUUCCUCAUUAUUUCUCUAUGUUGUGAGCUACUAUGACUAAAGCUUUUGUUGUAAUUUGAUGCACCAUUCCAAUUAUUGUUGUCAUUAUUAGUAGUGAAUUACGACACACUUUAAUUAGGACCUUCUUUGCUUGCAUUAUUACGCAGAUCGACUUUUUCA